AUGGUUUCAUGUUAUAAUAGAACAUGCUUUAUUUUCUCUGAAACUACAAAACAUUGUUUCCUUUCCUUCUGUACAUUUUUUUGUAUCAAUGAACUGGAAAGUUUAUCUAAAUAUCUAGAUACUACUACUACUACUACUACUACUACUACUACUACUACUACUACUACUACUACUACUACUACUACUACUACUACUACUACUAUUACUAUCACUACUACUAUUACUACUACUGUUACCAUUACCACUACUACUACUACUACUACUACUACUACUACUACUACUACUACUACUACUACUACUACUACUACUACUAUUACUAUCACUACUACUAUUACUACUACUGUUACCAUUACCACUACUACUACUACUACUACUACUACUACUACUACUACUACUACUACUACUACUACUACUACUACUACUACUACUACUACUACUACUACUACUACUACUACUACUACUACUACUACUACUACUACUACUACUACUACUACUACUACUACUAUUACUACUACUACUACUAAUUGUUAUUAUUAUUAUUUCACAAUAAUUAAUUAUCACUUAAAUAACUCAUAA